AUGUGGUUACUGCUUGCAGUAAACUUGUUUAUCUCUGCCCCGCUGGGACACGCAUCCCUACCGCUGGUGAUAAACACUUGGCCAUUCAAGGACGCCACAGAUGCAGCGUGGAACAUUCUGCAGUCCGGUGGCUCAGUUCUGGACGCAGUAGAAAGGGGCUGCUCUCGCUGUGAGGAGUUGCAGUGUGAUGGCAGUGUGGGUUACGGGGGCAGUCCUGAUGAGAGAGGAGAGACCACACUGGACGCCAUGAUCAUCAACGGGGACACCAUGGAGGUGGGUGCCGUGGCUGACCUGAGAAGAAUCAAGAAUGCCAUCGGAGUGGCCCGAGCUGUGAUGGAGCGCACCACCCACACGCUGCUGGUUGGAGAGUCUGCCUCUGUGUUUGCUGAAAACAUGGGAUUCACUGUGGAGGACCUGAGCACCAACACGUCCAGGCAACUCUUCUUCGAGUGGAGGAAGGGGAGCUGCCAGCCCAACUACAGAAAGAACGUGUUCCCAGAUCCUUCUAAGCACUGCGGACCGUACAAACCCCUGGACUCUCUGACCGAUCCACGAACGAGGAAUUAUGCCAGCGCACCCUCCCAUGACACCAUCGGGAUGAUCGCUGUGGAUGCAGAGGGACAUGUAGCUGCUGGCACCUCAACCAACGGACUGACACACAAAGUGCCUGGGCGUGUGGGGGACUCUCCCAUUGUGGGCGCUGGGGCGUAUGCAGACAGCUCUGUUGGAGGAGCAGCUGCCACAGGUGACGGGGACGUGAUGAUGCGCUUUCUUCCCAGUUUCUUGGCGGUGGAGCAGAUGAGAGGCGGGGCCGACCCCUCCUCCGCCUGCAGGACGGCCAUCUCCAGGAUCAAGAGGUACCACCCACACUUCUUUGGGGCCAUCAUCUGUGCAAACUCUACAGGCAGUUAUGGUGCAGCUUGUAACAAAGUGCCUGAAUUUUCUCAGUUCCGUUACAUGGUGUCCAGCUCUGAGACUGCCUCGUCUGUCCUCCUGUCAGUCGACUGCAUUUGA